GGCUCUUUUGUUGUGGCCCCGCCCCGCUUUUCAGCAGAGCCCCCGGUUGAGGAAGUGAGUUCCGCUGACACACAGGGUUGGGCUCUGACGAAAAAACCUGCUAGCAUCCGCUCGGUGCGGGUAAAAACACGGUGUAGCGCCGAGAGAACCGAGCCGAACCGGGAAACAGCCUCUGAGACGAGCGCUCCGACUCACCCAGGACCGUGUGUUUAUCCCUCCGAGACCGGCGCAAACAUGAAUGAUCAGCAGUUAGACUGCGCUCUGGACCUGAUGAGGCGUCUCCCUCCACAGCAGAUCGAGAAGAAUCUCAGUGACCUCAUUGAUCUGGUGCCCAGCCUGUGUGAGGAUCUGCUCUCUUCUGUGGAUCAGCCUCUGAAAAUCGCCCGGGAUAAAGUAGUUGGGAAAGACUACCUGCUGUGUGACUACAACCGUGAUGGUGACUCCUACAGAUCUCCAUGGAGUAAUAAAUAUGAGCCCCCCAUUGAUGAUGGUGCCAUGCCCUCAGCCCGUCUGAGGAAGCUGGAGGUGGAGGCCAACAAUGCCUUUGACCAGUACAGAGACCUGUAUUUUGAGGGCGGAGUGUCCUCGGUGUACCUGUGGGAUCUGGAUCAUGGUUUUGCUGGAGUCAUCCUCAUUAAGAAGGCUGGAGACGGCUCCAAAAAAAUCAAGGGUUGCUGGGACUCCAUCCACGUGGUGGAGGUGCAGGAGAAGUCGAGUGGUCGCACUGCUCAUUAUAAACUCACCUCCACGGUGAUGCUGUGGCUGCAGACGACCAAAACCGGCUCCGGAACCAUGAACCUAGGGGGAAGCCUCACCCGACAGAUGGAGAAAGAUGAGACGGUCAGUGAGUCCUCACCACACAUCGCCAACAUUGGACGCCUAGUUGAGGACAUGGAGAAUAAGAUCCGCUCCACACUGAAUGAAAUCUACUUUGGCAAGACUAAGGACAUCGUCAACGGCCUGAGGAGUGUGCAGACGUUGGAGGCAGUUAAAGCGAAGAAGGAGGCUCUGAGGACUGAUCUGAUCGACGCACUCAACAAACGCAAACAGCAAAGCUAGAGACACUCUCGCCCCCAUUCUCACUCCCCCUCUGCCCUCACGUUUAUUUCAUCUCUCCAGUGUCGUCGUCUCGUCUAUGGAACAACAAAAAGGAGGAAAACGCUUCGCUUGGGAUGUUCUGUUUUGAGUUUUUCUGACAGGUUUUGCUGCACCACUUCUUUCUCUCUGCUGUGUGCCACUCAGGUUGUUCUGAUGGUUAGGUUAAUGAGUGACGUGUCUCUCCCCCACAGUAACAUCAGCUGCCUCACACCAAGGAAAAGUGCAUCUCUGGGUUACAUUUUGAUUUGUAUCUACAGCCACGUCCCCAUAUACACCACACCCACAACGUCUCACAAAUGCAGGAGAGUAAAAGUUGUUGUCCUUAAUCAUUAUUAGUAAUUGUAAUUUUCUGUGGGUGGGGUGUGUGCACGCAUACACCUUUUACACAUUGUAUAGCUGCCUGUCUCUCUCUCGCUCUCUCACACAUCCGGCUUUGCAGUCUGUUUUUGUUUUGUAUGGGGCGGAAUUUUUCUUUUUUUUUUUUUUUUGUAAAGCUUACGAUUCAUGUAUUAUUAGAGCCUCCAGCAACAAUAAAGACUGUAAAAUGCUAGAA